AGCACCGAGGCGCUGGACAAGCUGGAUGCUGACGCCGUGUCGCCGACGGUCAGCCAGCUCAGUGCCGUCUUCGAGAAAGCCGACUCGAGGACCGGCCUUCACCGUGCGCCCGGCCCCCCCCGGGCCGCGGGGGCGCCCCAGGUCAACUCGAAGCUGGUCAGUAAGCGGUCCCGGGUGUUUCAGCCACCGCCGCCCCCUCCUGCCCCGUCGGGGGAUGCCGCGACCGAGAAGGAGCGAGGCACGGGAGGGCAGCAGCCCCCACAGCACCGAGUGGCCCCUGCCCGACCGCCGCCUAAGCCGCGGGAGGUGCGCAAGAUCAAGCCGGUGGAGGUUGAGGAAAGUGGGGAGUCUGAGGCCGAGUCGGCCCCCGGGGAAGUGAUCCAGGCCGAGGUGACCGUCCAUGCUGCCUUGGAGAAUGGCAGCACCCAGGCCACCACAGCCAGCCCCGCUCCCGAGGAGCCCAAGGCCGAGGCCGUCCCCGAGGAGGAGGCAGCGUCGGUGGCGACGCCGGAAAGGGGGGUGGACAAUGGCGGGGCCCCGGACGUGGCCCCUGAGGAGGUGGAUGAGUCCAAGAAGGAGGACUUCUCAGAAGCGGACUUGGUGGAUGUGAGCGCCUACAGUGGACUCGGGGAGGACUCUGGGGGCAGUGCCCUGGAAGAGGACGAUGAAGAAGAUGAGGAGGACGGUGAGCCCCCCUACGAGCCGGAGUCAGGGUGUGUGGAGAUUCCCGGCCUCUCAGAGGAAGAGGAUCCGGCCCCGAGUCGGAAGAUCCAUUUCAGCACCGCACCGAUCCAAGUGUUCAGCACCUACUCCAAUGAGGACUAUGACCGACGCAAUGAAGAUGUGGAUCCCAUGGCAGCCUCUGCGGAAUAUGAGCUAGAGAAGCGUGUGGAGAGGCUGGAGCUGUUUCCUGUGGAGCUGGAGAAGGACUCUGAGGGCCUGGGCAUCAGCAUCAUUGGCAUGGGGGCCGGAGCCGACAUGGGCCUGGAGAAGCUGGGCAUCUUUGUCAAGACCGUGACCGAGGGUGGCGCAGCCCACCGGGAUGGCAGGAUUCAAGUAAACGACCUACUCGUGGAGGUGGAUGGAACAAGCCUGGUGGGAGUGACGCAGAGCUUCGCCGCCUCUGUCCUCAGGAAUACCAAGGGCCGAGUGCGGUUUAUGAUUGGCCGGGAGCGGCCUGGAGAACAGAGUGAAGUGGCCCAGCUCAUUCAGCAGACUUUGGAGCAGGAGAGAUGGCAGCGGGAGAUGAUGGAGCAGAGAUACGCCCAGUAUGGAGAGGAUGAUGAGGAGACAGGAGAGUAUGCCACUGAUGAGGAUGAAGAACUGAGCCCCACAUUCCCAGGGGGCGAGAUGGCCAUCGAGGUGUUUGAACUAGCAGAGAAUGAAGACGCACUUUCCCCUGUGGAGAUGGAACCAGAGAAGCUGGUGCACAAAUUCAAGGAGCUCCAGAUCAAGCAUGCUGUCACUGAAGCGGAAAUCCAGCAGCUGAAACGGAAGUUGCAGAGUCUGGAGCAGGAAAAAGGGCGCUGGCGGGCCGAGAAGGCCCAGCUGGAGCAGAGUGUAGAGGAGAAUAAGGAGAGAAUGGAGAAGCUGGAGGGCUACUGGGGUGAGGCCCAGAGCCUGUGCCAGGCUGUGGAUGAACACCUGCGGGAGACUCAGGCCCAGUAUCAGGCCCUGGAACGCAAGUACAGCAAGGCCAAACGACUCAUCAAGGACUACCAGCAAAAGGAGAUCGAGUUCCUGAAAAAAGAGACUGCCCAGCGUCGGGUACUGGAAGAGUCGGAGCUAGCUAGGAAGGAGGAAAUGGACAAGCUUCUGGAUAAGAUCUCAGAACUGGAAGGAAACCUGCAGACCCUGAGGAAUUCCAAUUCUACUUACUUCAGGGACCAGAGGGCCCAUAUUACAGGCCGCUUUAGGGUGGCCCCCGGGGCAGACAAUGCGUUUCCCACUCCCCAGAAAGAGCUGGCUGUCACAGUGCCCGGCUCCUGCACUUCACCUAGGCAGAUGGAGGGGGCGGAGCCGGGUCGUCCCCAUAAAAGCAGCCCCCAGAGCCUUGCUGCCUGGUUUCUUGAUGCGCUGACGGGGAAAGAGAAGGUCGUCAUCCUUGGAACACUGGGAGCCCUGAGGAUGCUGCAGGUAGAUCCAGGUGGGGCUGAAUUCCAUACCAGAUUCCCCAAAGAGAAGUUUCAGGCCUUCAGGGAGCGGAAAGCCCCGUGCGUCCCCACGCGGGACCGCCCCCCUGGUCGGUUCCCUGUCACUCGCCGGCUCCUAGCGCGCAGGCUCCCUCGCAUCCCCACAAGCGCCCCCCGCAUUGCCCUAAUCCCGGGCGACCCCACGGACCUAGUCACCGCGACGCUGCACAAAUCGGCCUGUGGCGCGAGGACCGUCUCCCUGCAUCCUUACACACCUCGCCUCUCCAUUCUUUCCGGCUCCGGGACCCUCCCCUCCAAUCCCCCAACAACACUCUGGGAUGGAGCGACUGGAGCCAGCCCGGAGCCCCCCGCGGCCGGGGUGAAAGUCCUCCGCCCCUCUCUCGCCCGGCACUCGGAGCAACAUGGGCCUGAGGGGUUCUCGGGGCGCUGGACGCUGGAAAUGACGGAUGCUGGAGACCUGGACUUGGCUGUACCAGAGACCACCAGACUGGACAGCAGCUUACACAAAGCCCGGGCCCAGCUGCUGGCCAAGGGCCGGAGACACCGACCUUCCCGUUCCAGGCUACGUGACAGUGCCAGCUCUGCUGAGGACGGUGAAGGCUCUGAUGGGCCCGGAGGGAAGUGUGCCCCCAAAGAUCUGACAGUUAUCCACCCAAAUGGAUGUCAACUAGCUGUUCACUUCUGGUUCCUGCCCUCCCCAUCCCUAGACCUGAGGAACCCACCCUCUAGGCCCCAGGAAGCGGAGCUCCCCUGGUGCUGGCUUACUCCAGGGAGUGAGGAGGGGCGGCUGGAUGAGCGGCUGCCCUUCUUCCAGGUGACCGACGGCUGCGGUAGCCCGCUGCACCGGCUGCGCUCGCCUCUGCACUCGGGCCCAGGUUCCCCCGCCGGAGGCUCUUUCUGCCUGGAGCCCCCCGGCUUGCGGCGCAGCCUGGAUGAGGACGAGCCGCCGCCUUCGCCCCUCGCCCGCUACCGGCCCCUGCACAAUGCAGCCUCGCAUGAGGGCCUGGCCGCCACUUCCGGCUCGCCUACGCGCUCCGCACCCUCCUCGGACAGCUCCCCCAGCUUCGUGCGCCGCUAUCCCAGAGCAGAGCCGCACAGCGAAGAUGACAGCCGGGAUGCCAGCCCUCCUGAGCCUGCCAGCCCCACCAUCGGCUUGGAUAAGAAGACCCGCAGAAAAUUCCUGGACCUGGGGGUCACUCUCCGCCGAGCAUCCACAGGCAAGAGCCGGAAGGAGAAGGGUAGCAACCGCUUGUCCAUGGGGAGCAGGGAGUCUGUAGAGGGUUCUGGAAGGACAGGAAGCUCCCCAUUCCUGCCCUUUUCCUGGUUCACAGACAGCGGCAAAGGCUCUGCUUCCUCAGGGAGCACCACCUCCCCGACCUGUUCCCCCAAACACGAGGGCUUCAGCCCCAAGAAGUCAGCUUCCCAGGAAUCCACCCUGAGUGAUGACUCCACACCUCCCAGCAGCAGCCCCAAGAUCCCCGGUGGUCCUCGACAGGAGACCAAGUGCUCCUAUCCCUACCACACGUUGUCCCAGUCUUCAGAUGAGUUCCUGGACGAGUCCCUCCCUACCAUACAACACUGGACCAGCCAGCAGGUGGGCCAGUGGCUGUGCAGCCUCAACCUGGAACAGUAUGCUGCUGAGUUUGCUGCCCGACAGGUGGAUGGGCCACAGCUCCUGCAGCUGGAUGGAAGCAAACUGAAGAGCCUGGGGCUUAGCAACUCGCAUGACCGGGCACUGGUGAAGCGGAAGUUGAAGGAGCUGGCAGCGGCUGCUGAGAAGGAACGGAAGGCGCAGGAGAAGACUGCACGGCAGCGCGAGAAGCUGCGACGCCGAGAGCAUGAGGCUAAGAAGAGCUAGGGAUGGCUGGCCGGGGGGGCUGGCACCCCAGAGCACUUGCAGCCACCUGCAGGGGCCUCACCAGGGAAGUAGGGUCUAGGUACCAGGUUCUUUGGGGCAUAUGACCCCUCUCACCCUGUUUGGACCGAAUCCUCUGGAGGAUCCCACGGAGAGGGCCCAGUAAUAAACCCAACUUCGAGGACUUGUUUGGCACAGAUUUCCGGGGGGGAAGCAGGUGGCAGAUGAAGAGGCCAGGAAUGCAGCAAAUCUGGAACCCAGAGGAGCCCGGUCCAGGCUGAACCUCUUCCCUCUGGCUAGAGUGGUACUGAAGAGGAAGUGAGCUAGCAAGAGAGGCCCUACCAUGACCAGAAUCCUUAGGCUUAGAGAGCAGCCUGGGCAUCCCAACAGGAGACAGAGCUGUGUCUCCUCAGCUCUUGAAGGUGGCUGUGUGGUAGGAGAGCAGCUCUCCCCAGAGAGGCCAGUGGGCACUGUAGUAGCAACACUCAGGGUAGAUUCCCAGACACCUCCUCAAAGGAGAGAAGAGCGAGCGGUGGAGGGUAAGCUAGCCUCUGUAAGGACUGCAGAGCGGGGAGAAGGGGACUCUUUCUCUCUCCUCUUCACUAGCCUGCAGGUCCCAGCAGGCAGGAUGACACUGCUCCUCUCCCACUGAGUCAGGAGUGGGUGGGUCUUUGACCUUUUGCAGAGCUAGAAUCGACUUCUUCAGAGAGUGCUUGAGGCUUCUUUGGGGUCAGGAUAAAUGGGAGCUGAUGGGGACAUAGGACACACACACACACACACACACACACACACACACACACACACACACUAGUGCCUCGGUGGCACUGAACUGGUGACUCUCAUCACACUAGCCGGGCAGAGGCACAAUCUGAGGGUGGCCUGGAAGCUGCUGGAUCAGAAGGGUUCAUCAGCUCCCUAGGCCCCUUGGGUGUGUCAAGGCCUCAGUGAGCCUAGAGCUGACAAACAUUGCUGGCUCAGGUUUGCUAGGCUACAGGGAGGACUGGGUCAGCCCUGGGUAGGUCUGGCAUAUGUCCUUUGUAGGGUACUUUCAGAGACAGAGGGUCCAGAUGCCAUGCUGACCCAGCUUCUCAGGUGCUGGUCAGUGACUACUGGGCCCAGGAGGUUUCUGAGAAGAAACCCCCCACCCCUCCCAGCUUCCCAGAGGGGUGGAUAGGACCUGCAUGCUAACUCCCUCUCUCCUGCCUGAUGAAGUGGCUGAUGGCCAGGACCCUGUGCUUGGGCUCAGCCAUUGCACUGGGAGAGGGGCUUCAGAGGGAAACUAAGGUAUAGGGGCAUUGGCACUAUCUAGACUGGGUGGGGAGGGUGGAGGCCCUACUGUCCCGAAAGCUGUCAGGAGCCGAGUGUGCCCCACCUGCAUGUGAAGGGGGAAUAUGGUUCUCAACUUCUUUCAAUAAAUAUUUACCAUACACCAA